AUCUCCAGGGGGCAGAGGAGCAGAGGGAGCUUGGAGGGAGAAGCUGGGGGGCUUCCGGAGCCCCCCUCGACCCUGACACAAGGCUGCCAGGUAUAGCCACAUCGUUGCCAUUUUCCCCUGCCCGGCUUCUCCUUCUGAUCCUUGCCUACAGGUUAUCCUUGACUUACAACCGUUUGUUUAGUGACCGUUCUAAGGGCCAUUUUCCACACUUCACCAGCGGAGGCAAUUAACGGGGUCUGCUUAUUCCCAAGUCUGGAUUCGGGAGGAUGAGGACUCUCUGGAUAGUGGCCGUAUUGCUGCUGGGCGUCAAAGGGAGCCUGGUCGAAUUCGGGAAGAUGAUCAAGGAAGAGACGGGGAAAAACCCCUUCCCCUCCUACACCUUUUACGGAUGCUACUGCGGCCUGGGGGGCCAAGGCCGGCCAAGGGACGCCACUGACCGCUGCUGUUUGAUGCAUGACUGCUGUUAUGAGAAUCUGACUGGCUGCAAGACCAAAACGGACCCCUACCCCUACAGCCGGAAAAACGGGGCUAUCGUCUGCGUUCUGGUCUUUGCCAGCGCCAAUUUGAUCCAGUUUGGCCACAUCAUCGAGCACUUGACCGGAAGACACCCCCUAAUUUACAACGGCUACGGCUGCUACUGCGGGCUGGGCGGUUCCAGGCAGCCGGUGGACGCCACCGAUUGGUGUUGCCAAGUUCAUGACUGCUGCUAUCAGGCCCUAUCGCGGCGCCACUGCAAACCCAAAAUGGAGAAAUAUUUCUACUCGGUCAGGAAAGACACCGUCACUUGCGAUUAGGAAAAUGCUCUGAGGUUGGGUGGACCCAACAGAGAACUGCCUGGCCUUAAGGGAUCCUACUCAAGAGGUGCAAAGCCCCCUCCUCUAUCUCACCCACGAGACCCCAACUCCAUCUGCCACCCGAGGCUGCCCCGAGGGACAGAAGUUUGGGAUC